CGAGCCUUGUCACCGUUUUCCAUGCAUGCUUCGGCGUGAGGUUCCAGCCAAUCGCCCUGCUUCUCUCUUCAGCUCUGCUCCCUCUCCCCUGUGACAUCACCACGCAACACGCGCAUACCGUAUCGCACACGGAGCCAUGGUCGCCCCAACGGUCGCCCUUACGCAUCUGAACCGCGCAGACGGCUCCGCGACAUAUACCCACAACGGCUACUCCAUCAUUGGCGCCGUCAACGGCCCAAUCGAGGUACAGCGACGCGAUGAGCUGCCGGAAGAAGCCGCCAUUGAAGUGAAUGUGCGGCCAGCCAUGGGCGUUGGAAGCCCAAGAGAGCGACACCUCGAAACACUCGUGCACAACACGCUCCGCAGCAUCAUCCUCACACAAGCGAUACCGCGCACACUGGUGCAAAUCACACUGCAAGUGCGAAGUCUACCAGAAGAAGACAGCACAGCAGGCGCCAACGCGUCUCUCACGCUCCUCCCCCACCUCCUCCACACUGCGCUGCUCGCACUCCUCUCCGCCUCGAUACCCCUCCGCACAACCCUCACCUCCGUCCUCAUCGCCCAGCCCGCCUCGCCAUCCAGCAAGGCCUCUGCGCCGCUCCUCUCGCCAACCGCCAACCAGCUCUUGCGCGCGAAACCCAUACGCAGCAUCCACGUCUUUGCCUUUUCCGGCGACCGCAAAAUGCUGCUGAGUGAGAGUGAGGGGACUUUUAGCUACGAGGAGUGGAAUGAGGCUUGCGAAAUGGCUGAGAAUACGUGCUGUGGUGAGGACGACGACGACGACGACGACCAGGGUGGGAUCAAGUUGGAUAUCGAGGGCGAGGCUAUGGACGUCGAUGCGCAGGCUGAGGCGGAGAGCUUGGACAAGUGGUUGAGGAGUGUGGUCAAGAGGAAGGUCGAGCAUGAGCAGCGGUGGAGGAGCGCAACGUGAAGAAAUGCAAUGACUAGAGCAGGAAACUAGUGGUGCGGGCAAGUUGGGAUGUCCGCGUCAUGCUGAUUGUCGGGCGAAUCGACGCGCAUGUCGCAUGAAGUUGGAAAUCAUACGAAAGACGCGGUGUCUGGAUACCCAAAGCAGAGUCAGCUGUUCAUGAUGCCUUAACUCUAGUUGGCAUGCGGUUGAGCGAAAAAAAAAGAUUCUGGGGCUGUCAUAUUGUAUACACGAUAUCCGGCACUGCUCUCGUCUUAUCCAAGGCGUGAGCAUGUUGCUGUACGACAACAGCUCCAGAUCCAACGGGCAGAUCAAGGCUGAGGCUUAGCCGAUGCCUGUGAAAGCAAUACACGCAUCAAUCAAUCAACGACUCCAAAUAAAUAAAUAAAAGCAACUCAAAUGCAAAGUCAAAGGCGAUAGAUUGCGCUGCCUACAAUACAAC